AUGGACAACCACGAGAAACCGAUCGCUUCGACGAGUUGUCAGGAAUUCUGGGAUGAAAAGAAGAAAGUGUUCAAGGAAGAGAAGGGGAGCUUUUACACAGAGGCGAGCAGUAAAUGCGAAUUGCCAAUGGCGCGCGUAAAAAAGAUCAUGAAGAUUGAUUUCGAGAUGGAGGGACAAAUGAUCGCCCAAGAUGCGCCCCUUUUUCUCUCAAAAGCUGCCGAGCUUUUCAUCGAAGAAAUCACAUUGAAAGCCUGGGCAAAUACGGAAGAGCAACGAAGGAAAACUUUGCAAAAAAAUGAUAUCACAGCGGCUUGCUCAAGAAAUGAUCACUUUGACUUCUUGAUCGAUAUCGUGCCACGAGAGGAGAUCAAGAAAACAUCGGUGCCGAAUAAUUGGUCAUCUCAAAACGCGGCCGAAUCAAUGCAAGCGACUCAAAUGGUGGCUGUGGCUGGUGGUGGACAAUUUGGAUUGGAUAACGUUCAAUACCUGAUCCCUGAGGGCAAUGAAGGACAACAAUUGAUGCUGCGAUUAGAGAACGGUCAAUUCGUAACCGCCACCGAGAUCAGUCAACCCGUUCAACUCGGCACAACUGAGGAUGGCCGUUUGGUGAUCAGUAACUCACUGGGUCAAGAUGAGAAUUUGUUACGAGUGAGU